AUGGCUUCCGAAGAACUCAAGGACAUCCCAGAGAAUGAAAUCGAGAGCAACUGGGAUGAAGUAGUCGACAACUUUGAUAACAUGGGCCUCAAGCCAGAUCUCCUCCGUGGUAUCUACGCAUAUGGCUUUGAACGCCCUUCUGCAAUUCAGCAGCGUGCCAUCAUCCCAGUCGUCAAGGGUCACGAUGUGAUCGCCCAAGCACAAUCGGGAACCGGAAAGACUGCUACCUUCUCCAUCUCGAUUCUCCAACGCAUUAAUAUCAAUCCCGAGAACCAUCAGACUCAGGCGCUCAUUCUCGCACCCACCCGCGAGCUGGCCCAGCAAAUUCAAAAGGUCGUCAUCGCUUUGGGCGACUAUAUGAAGAUUGAUUGCAUGGCCUGCGUCGGUGGCACAAAUGUUCGUGAAGACAUGGAUAAACUCCGCGCAGGCGUUCACAUUGUGGUCGGCACGCCAGGACGAGUCUUUGAUAUGAUCAAUCGAGGUGCCCUGAAGACUCAAAGCGUCCAGAUCUUCUGUCUCGACGAGGCCGACGAGAUGCUUUCUCGUAGUCCUUUGUCAGCCACUAUGCCGGCCGACGUCCUCGAGGUGUCCAAGAAGUUUAUGAGAGACCCCGUCCGCAUCUUGGUCAAGCGUGACGAGCUCACGCUUGAAGGUAUCAAGCAAUUCUAUAUUGCUGUCGAAAAGGAAGAGUGGAAGCUCGACACCUUGUCCGAUCUCUACGAGACCGUCACCAUCACACAGGCAGUCAUCUUCUGCAACAGCAGACGCAAGGUCGAUUGGCUCACGGAGAAGCUGACCGCGCGCGAGUUUACGGUGUCUGCAAUGCACGGAGACAUGGAGCAAAAACAACGAGAACUCAUCAUGAAGGAAUUCCGAAGCGGCUCGUCCCGUGUGCUCAUCACGACCGAUUUGCUUGCACGCGGCAUCGACGUGCAACAAGUUUCACUCGUCAUCAACUACGAUCUGCCUAAUAACCGCGAAAACUACAUUCAUCGUAUCGGCCGUGGCGGUCGAUUCGGUAGAAAGGGUGUCGCGAUCAACUUUGCUACGAAUGAUGAUGUGCGUAUGCUCCGCGACAUUGAGCAAUUCUAUAACACCCAAAUCGAGGAGAUGCCGAUGAACGUCGCCGACCUGAUCUAA